AUGCCUUUCUUUACAGGGAGUGGUCGGUGGUCUGGAAAAAUGGCGGGAAAUAAUAACGGACAGGAAAUAGAUUAUUCUGUGAUUUCCAACCGGAAACAUUUUGAAGCACAUGGAGAGCCGGAAGUAAGGAUUGAAUCUAAUAAUGUUAGCUUGGAGAUUCCAAGAUAUGAUGAUAAUCAAACCAAGAAAAAAGAAGAAAAGGCGAAAGAAAAUGCAGAAGAAGAAAACUCGCCAAAAAGACAACUUUCAGUGAAACAAAGGAAGUUUUCUUUCAAAAAAGGAAAGGUCAGCUUCGUCGAAAAACCGGUUCUUACUGCUGACUGGGGAGUGCAAGCAAAUAAUAUACUUUUAGAAAUUGAAGGAAAAGAAAUAGAAGUUGAUGAAAAUUGUUUACUGAAAAAUUGCCUUCAUUUCUCCAGAAUAUUUGAGGACGUUUCCCUGCACCCGGACUCUCAAUAUAUUGAGAGGGACGAGCAGGAGGACGAGUAUGAUGACGAACAAGAGGACAAUUACGAGGAGGAGGACGAAGAGCAGGACGAGCAUGAAAAUCCUUUAGGAAUGAUCUCCUUUGCUACCGUUGAGAGUUUGGUUAAUUACAUAUCAAAGAUAGAAAUGGAUUUAAAGGUGUCUGAUGGGAAUGUUCUUGAUUUUCAGCAAACGGCUCGUCUUCUCAAUAUACCAGUGGUGGAAAAGAUUUGCCAGAAGUUUGUUGAAAAGAAUAUAAACAACCAAAACUGUAUCAAAAGAUUUCAGUUGGCGGAUUCUUUCCUAGGAUGGACAUCAUCUUCAAAAAUAUUACAGGAAUAUAUUGAAGAGAAUAUAACUGGUAUUCUGGAAGAGAAUAAUGACGACCUAUAUCAACUAAAUGAACACCAGAUGAAGAGACUAAUGAGUAGUUCAGAUCUGAACCUAAAAAAUGAGGAUCAGGGUCUUCAACUAGUGUUAGAUUGGGUUCAACAAGAUUUACAAGAGAGGAGAUCAAAGCUUCAUCCUUUGCUCGAAUGCAUUCAGUUUACAUGUAUUGAGAAUACAACAAUUCUUGAGGAUCUUCUCCAAUCAGACCUUAUUCAGCAGGAUGAGCUGAGUGUUGAACUAGUAACUCAAGGAUUAGAAUAUUUUUCUCACUCCAACUCAGACAAGAUCAGCUACUGGAGUAAACAACAGAAACCUUCCAGAUGGCCCCAGAUACUUGUGUGUCUAUCAUACGCUGAGAAAAUUCUUGAAUACUUUGAUUUUUCAACACAGGAGUGGGGUAUUCUGACGGAGAAACCUGAUUGGGUAUUCGGAGCCGAACUUGUUUCUUGUGCCUCCAAACUGUAUACCGUCGGAGGAGUGUCCAGUAGACAAGUAGAUAGGUAUGAUCCUGAGACAGAUAACUGGGCUGGAGGAUCAUAUCCAAGCUUACAGAAGGCUCGACUAGCUCAUGGAGCUUGCGUGGUUCAUGAUGCACUUGGAGGAACUAUAUAUGCUGCUGGAGGUUCUCCCCAGGUUGGUGGACAGGGACACCGUGAUAUAGAGAGAAUAAGUCCUGAAGUUCCACCAUCUUGUGAGUGUCCAUAUUGUGGACCAUUUCAGCAUCUUAAAUGGAAACUGGAAGAUUUUGAAAUGGAAAGUCCACGGACCUUCACAGCAAUGGCAUCAAUAGGAGAAAAUAUAUAUUUGGUUGGAGGGGAUGAGGCUCCUGAUAGUUUAACAUCAUCCCUGGAAAUAUUUAACACAAAAACAAAACAAUGGAAGAAAUCCUCAAAUACAGCCAGUAAACGGGAUUCAUGUAGGCUUGCUGUACUCGGAGAAAGUUUGCUUGCUAUUGGUGGACACAAUAACAAUACAAACCAGUUCCUCAACACAUGUGAAAAGUACUGUACAACAACACAGAAAUGGUCAAACUUUCCUAAACUCAAGGUAGCCAGAAGAUCUCCAGGUGUAGUCACAUAUAGAAGACAGGUGUACUGUGUUGGUGGGAUGGGGUCAAAAAAGGAUCUUUCAACAAUUGAAUUUUACUCUCCAUCCACCAAAAAAUGGACCAUUUUACCAAACCAAAUGAAGAGUUUAUCUGGUUGGAUAUCAGCUGCUGUACUGCAAAAACCAGUUUGGCUAAUCAACAAACAUAAAUUAAACCAUUCUUAAAAUAUAUUUUAUCGUCUAAUAAAUAUCUAAAAAGUUUUA